CGGUCCCGGGAUGCUGGAGCGCGCGGCCGGGCCGGAGCCGCCGCUGCCGGGGGGCAGCGCCCGUGGUUCCGCGGGGCGCGGUGUGUGCCUGGGUUGGCCCGUAACCCAGUUAGGGAAGCAACAUGUGCGCUGGGAUUUGGUGCUGGGCUGUGUCAGCAGCCUGGCUCCCGCAGAUGAAAUGUAUUCGUGGGGUAUUUGUGCUGUUUCAUGGGUUUCGUGGCCGCUCCUCUGAGUUCGUUCCACUGGAGGGCUCCAGAGAACCGAAAUUCACACAGCGGCAUUUGCAAGAUACCUGGACCAGUAGCUUGGCAAACGCAGGGUGUUUUUAAAUGGAUUCUCAAACAGAUGAUGGGUUUGAAAGCCUUUUUUGCUUUCAGCACUUAUCCCUGCACUUUCUCUGUACUUCAUUAGACAAUCCCACAAAGUUGUUGAAGUGAAUUUUAAUGGGAUGUGCUAGACUUUACGGUUAAGGAUGGAGACUCAAAAGUGGUCCAAGGGCUGGAACCACUCUUCUGUGAAGACAGGCAGAGAGAGCUGGGAUUGUUCAGCCUGGAAUAGAGAAGGCUCCCGGGAGGCCUUAUUGUGGGCUUUCAGUACCUAAAGGGAAUCAAAGGUACUCUCGUACAUGAAAAAGAUGGUAAAAGGCUUGUUAGCAGGGCUCUGGGUGAGGGACAACAAUAUUAAACUGAAAUAUAGAUUUAGACUGAGCAUCACGAAGAAUUUGUUUAUGAUAAGGAUGGAGAAGCUGUGGAAUACUUUUCCUAGGGAAGUUGUGUGAUUGGAAGUGUCCAAGAUCAGGUUGGACAGAACUUUCAGCAACAUCAUUUCAUGCAGGAUGUUGAACUAGAUGGUCUUCAAAGGUCCCUUCCAACCCAAACCAUUGGAUAAUUCUGUGAUAUGCUACCCCAGCCGAAAUUUCCUAAGCUUCUGUAACAAAAGAUAAUGCAGAGUAUUCAGCCACCUUGGUUGUUGUUCAUUUCUUCUCUUAUAGUUGACACCUGUAAAUGUUUUCAGUCUAUUGGAAGGCGUGGGAUGCAGGAAACAAGGGUUUCCCUAAAGGCUUUGUUUUGAAGCAGUCAGCCACCUUUCAGAGAGGGGAAUGGUGGUCUUCAAAGCAUAAAGCUUGUCUACCAGCUGACAGUAUUCCAACAUCAUUUUCCAUAGGCAGGGUUACAAAUACCAGUGCAGUCUAGCCAACACCUGUACUGUUGGUAGGAGUAAGACACCUCUUUUUGGAGUGCAGCUGCACUAAAGAUGGCUCUGUGGGGGUGACAGAUGCUGCAGCUCCCCUGACUGUAGAACAGAGGGGAGCUGAAAGUCUCUGCUUUGUCCAGGCACAAGCUGCUGGGAUUGCUGACAAGCUCCUGGUUUUUAAUUUGUUUGGUACAGCAGCAAACCUUGUGUCAUCUCUGCUGUUAGGCCAUGACAAGACUUCCUUUGUCCCAUAUGACAUACAAACUCCUGCUCUGAUAAGAAUGCUUUCUAUAGUUUGGGCUCAGGGGUCUUGUAGGGCUUAACAGUCCACAAAUUUAGCACAGUUCCACAAUUUUUUAGUGGUUAACUCACCUUAUAAGCUGUAGUGGUAGAGUGGAGUUAUAACCAUGUUUGAUUUUUAGUUAAGUGCAGGAUUAUGUAAAGAUUCAAUGGGGAACAGGAGUGUCCAGUCUCACUUCUUUUCAUGGCUGAGAUAUGGUGAUUCUAAGUCUGCUUUUGGUGACAAAUAAUAUUUUGAGUAGAUUUUAUUAAAGUAGUCUUGCUUUCAUCACUAGCUGAUCCCUUAUUAAGUGAUAACUGUAUUUAUCAUUGAGGUCAAUAUCUGCUCAUGACUAGUGAGGAGCAGUUGUUUAUGUGGUUAUUGGCACUAUUAAGUUUUGUGCAGAGCAUGUUCAUUGCAGAGGAAGUUGCAGAUGGACCAUUCACUUCAGAAAAAAAAUAAUGCUGAGUUACAGGGCUAAUUGAAAAUCCUGCAUCAGGACUUUCAGUGGAAUGAUACAUGAAAAAAAUAAUCAGAUUGGACUUCCCCCCCACCCCCAACCCAGCACAGUUUUGACUUAAACUGCUGAAGUUAUGAUAAUGUUUCUGUGGUAGUUAAUGUUCUAGCAGUGAUUUUGUUUUGGUACUAUAUGAUAAUCAAAUAAUGUAUUUAUCUUUAUGUGUUAGAAAUAGAAAAAAUAAGUAAAUGGUACCUGGAUGCCAAUAUCUGGUCCUUUUGCUCUUUUAAAAAAGACUUGUGUUCAGCUCACUGGGUGUGUGGAUGUAAGUUUGAAUUGACAGACCAUGGAAGCUGUGCUGCUGGAGUGACUCCCUGAAGAGGAUUUCACACUACUUUUUUUUUUUCUUUUAGUUUAUUUUUAAAUUUGACCUUUGUUCAUGCUGCUUCAUCUUGUUAGCAUUGUAAAUAUUAGUCAGACAUACUGAUGUGUGAACCAGGUUCUGGGAAAACUUCAUGGAUCCUGAGCAAGCUGUUUUCAUCAGUUCUUUUUCUGAUUCUGUAUUUCGGAUCUCAGUUACACAUUUGAAAAGUGUCUGUUCUUCAGUCUGAGAAAGAACAGUUUUAUGUUAAAAAAUGCAGUGGAGCAAAUUUUAGUGAUACACAACUAUAAGUGAGCUGGAAGAUUUUACAUGUUUUUUGACUUGUCAUCAUGCUAACAGAUCCCAGCAGGCACAAAAGUAUAGCUUCUGGCUCUCAAGAGGAGAAAAGGUGCAUAGUAUCUGGGCAUGAAAUACUGGGAACAGCUUAGGGUGGUGCCCUACCUGAUGGAUGGAAGUUUUUGGCCAAGUGAAAGUGUAGUGAGUGAAACAUAGUAGGCAAGACAGUUACUGUAACUUUUCUGAUUUAGUGCAGACUUAAAGCACACCAUAAAUACUUAAUUAUCUAAUCAACAGCUGAGUGUAAUAUAGUAGUAAAUAUUAAUUCUUACAAGUAAAAUGAAAGCUGGUAUGUUUUUGAGUGAUGGAAUGCAUUUGUUCUGACUCUGAGUGAAUGUGUCUGCAGCCCCUCUGUAGUAACUUGCAGGGUUUGUUCCUAUGUGAGUGCAUAGGAUACAGCACUUUUCCAGACUCCUACAUCCUUUUAACUGCAGAAGUGUUCUGACUUACCUGGGUCUCCUAUGCUAAGACCCCCACCUAAUGAUAAUUCUUGUGAUACCCUUUCUGCGUUAAAUUUUUCUUCUUGGUAGCGGGGCUCCUUUGGGUAUGCAAAGCUAUUUUUCAUUUGCAAUUCUUUUCAGUUGCACCUCUUAUGUAUAAAUUCUUACAGAAAAGUAUCUUUUAUUCCAGUGGCACAGUCAUGGAAGAAGUGCUCAGUUUACAUUUCCUUCCAGUUAGGAGCACUUUGAAAUAGACAUCUCUGGAGUUUGUACCGUGUGUGUCCAUUACUGACUUUGAAUUCCAGUGUGGUUGGAUAUUGAUAAUACCAUGGAUGAGCUGCUCUUUGUAAUUCCUUGGGAGAGCUAUGAAGCUGUUGGUGUUGUAUCCCCAGAAUAUUUAUCCACUAGUCCUUCCAACCUCAUCGAUGAUGUCUUUGCUACCAUGGCCCUGUUGAAGCAAUAGCACAGUGGGAGGAAAGUAAGGGGGGAAACAGCUCUGCAGCAACACUUGUUCAGUUUGAGCUCUUGGAGGUAUUGGCCUUAUUCCUGCCUUUCUACUAACUGCUUUGAUCCUGGUGUGGUGAAUGUAGGGUUAGGUUUAUCCUGCUUGCAACUGAACGGUUCCACAGAAUUCAUCAUGGAAACUCAUCAUGAGCUUUCAGUCACUGUGCUAAAACUUCACAGUCAGUAUCAGCUACCUUGAAUGAAAAGUAAAAGCCUUACAUUAAAAUAAGGCACCCACAUGAAAGAUAAAGAAAUCAGGCUAUUGAUUUCAAGGAGCUCUGCUCCUGAAACAUCUCCAUUUUCCUUUAGGUUUACCUUCAGAGCCUAAAUCUAUAUGAGAUAAAGAAACUCUGCCCACAGAGUAUGUGAUGCUUUUGAGAUGCUUGAGCCAGUAUUCAUCUCAAGAUGUGUUGUGGAUGACUUCUGCAGCCCAGGUUCUACAGGAGGCAUCAGAGACUAAUGUGCCUUUGUGGUUUCAAAACCAGUAAUUGCAAUUUGUUACAAACCAGGACUCUUACCUCUUAGGGUUUUUGUGUAGACCUAAAUAUAGUCAAAAAGUCUUGCCUGCACUGUCAGGUUACCUUAGAGGAUGUGGAACAUCUCUAAACCCUGAGGUACAAAGACUAGCUGUUUAGGGAUUCUCCAAGUAUGCAUGAUGGCCUGCUCUUUCAGCUUCCUUGUUUAAUUAGAUGAUGGAUAUUUCUUUGCUAAAUGCCAUGCCUGUUUGGAAUGCCUGCAAGACAAAUCUUUAGUCACCAGAAAAACUCCUGCAGCUGUGUGUUAAGAGUUCAAUUUGCAAGUUAAACUUGUCAGGCCAUCUUGUGUCAUAUAUUGACCUGCUCUUCAGGAAUGAUGAGUAGCAUGAUCAGAAAAGUGAUGCAACAGCCUCCCCUCAGCAUCAGAAUGCUCUUGAUUUCUGUCUGUGGGCUCUGUAGGUUCCAGAAUCCUUAGUCUGCCUGUCUUCAGGGUUGAAUAAACCACCAGGGUGUGCCCUGAAGAUCAGGUCCAGUGAUACUGAUGUCGCAUGUAGGAAUUCGUAACCUUGAUCUCUUCAGCUCAGGACACAGCAGAAGGUGUGUGCCACUCUCCUUCUAGUGACAGCUUGACUCCUAGGCUGUCUCCUAAUUUCUUGGAGUUGAGAUAGUCUAGCUUCUAACAAAUCCUUGAUUUCAUAUUCCAAAGAUUACUUCUUUCCUCAUUUGUAAGAUAUUUCACUUUCAUGGAUUUCCUGGCAAGCCAUUCAGAAUCUCUGAAUCUCUUCAGUAGCUGCUGCAGAAGCUGUUGAGCUGUAAGGUGUUCUGCAUGGUUAGGAUGGUGGGUAACAUUGAUAUUAGGAAGAAGCAGAUUGGCAGUGAUGGGAGUUACUUAGAAGGAGCAAGAAAGCGUGAACAAGAUGCACUCAUCAGGACAGCUUGAUAUGGUUAGUUAUCUUCCUGAUGCUUUUCUGGAGCUGAGCUAACUUCCUAGGUCUCUGUGCUUCUCAUCUUGGACUAGCUGCAUGAAUUGGAGCAAUUCAGUUUAUCCAUUAGCUGUAUUAAAUUUUGUUUGGGGACUGAUCUUGCUUAUCUUUCCAGGGGAAAUUUCUUGAUAUUUUUCAGUUCUGCUGCAGCCAAUGUCAUAAGGCAUUUAAGGAAGAUAGUAUCUCCAGGGUGACUGACAAGCAGGCUUUGUCUUUUGACGUUUCCAAGACUGAGCCUCGCUCCAUAAGACUGCUCUUCUCCAGUGUUGAGAGGUCAGAGUGCAGCUAGCUCUGCACAAGUGCUGUUGAACUGGGAGUGGAUUUUAGGAGCUUACAUUAUGAAACUGCCUAGGUAGGGUUGUCCAAGGAAUCUGAGUGAGCCUGUUGCUGCUCAAGUUCUGUUGGUGGCCUUGUCUAAAAGAUGGCCCCAUCUUUGACAUCAAGGGCCUUCACUAAGCACUGUGCCAUUGGCAAGUUCUCAGGAAACCAUGCUCUGCUUCCUGUUGGUGUGGAAAUAUGUAAUUUGCUGCAGGAUAGCUGUGUUCUGUGGGAAGUGCUUGGAGGAGUCUCCUAGACUUAAAGGUGAGCUUGUGAGUUAUCACUCAAGACUCUUUACUGGUAAGUACCUCCUAAAUGUGUGCUUUCAGUGUGUGGUGUGUCUGGACACAUCAUACAGCUAUGUUGGAAAAUACCUUAUUAUGCUAACAAAUAGGUUGAAGGAGAUGCCUUUUUUCCCUGAAAGAACAGGUUAACAUUGAGGUGUAAUUUGUAGUUGAGAUGCAUGUUGUAAUCAAGGAUGGGAGUGGAAAGGUGCCUUUAAAAAUAUGUUCUUUGUCUUUACACAAAGAAAAGUUAGUUUAAAUACAGUGGUAGAGAGUUUGACACCACAUUUAAAUGUUUCUGAGUGCUGUGCUAUUGGCUCUCAGAGGCUGAUGAUGAUCAAGGUAAGUCUUGUCUAUAUUGCUGUCUCAGCUUUUAUCAUCAGCACUGGAGCCCUCACCAGCAGUCCUGUCAAGGGUAGCACAUUUUCACACCAGUAGUUUACUUUAAUAAGACUUCAGCAGAUUCUAGUCCAGCCUUUGAAUAGAAAUUUAAAAAGAAAAAACCCCAACACUUGAAAGAGCAUAUUUCAGAACAUGUUUGCUCUUAAGAACUCCUGCAGGAUUUCCAGGUAUCUUGUGAACUUUCCAUAAUCUGUUAAAUACGUGUAACUGAAAUUAAAUGUGAGUUGAUGGGGUGCUUUUCUCAUGUGAUUGUGCUUCUGUAUAAAACAAAAAGAAUCCUGAAUUGGCUUCUGUUUCUUCAUUGGUAAACAGAUUUUUAAUAGAUUCAGGUUCCUGUACUGUGAUCUGACAUCAGGGAACAGCUCUUGAAGCACCAAUAAAUGUUCUUUUGUUUAUUUGUGUGUGUAUGCUAGAGAGAAGGAAAGAAAAAAAGGCUAUGUCCAAUUGAAUUGGAGGGUAGAACAGCUAAGUAAAAGAAACUUAACCCAUCAUUGUAAAGGAGCGAUAGUAUCUGCAUUUUCCUUUGCGAGUAGGUGCCUACAAAAUGGAUCCAUUCUGUAAACCUGUUGCAUUUCAACCCUGUUGUAUGUACUUGUCAUGUCAGAACCAGUAUGUCUUAAUGACUUCUCAGUUGAAACACCCCUCUGUUACUGUCUUGCUAACCUUUGAACUGAGUUAAUUUUAGCCAGUAUUCAUCUCCCUGCCCUCCAACUUCAGUAGAAAAUAAAGUUUGUUUCGUUCUCAUUUGGAUGCUCUGCUGUGUAUUUGGCCUUAGAUCACUGGUGGGAAAUAGAGCUCUCCAUUGUAUUAGGUGAAGCCUUUGUUUCAGGUGAUGCUGUUUUGGGAAUUUGUAAGAAAUAAAAACUUGUUUAUUAUUUGUGUGGCAGCAUCCUAAGUUAAUUUUGUCAGUGCAGAUUUUAGUUAGUAGGAGAGAAUUUUGAGUCUCUUUUCUCCAUUAUUAAUUACUACUUGUGUCUGAGGUUGUUUCUUGUCAUACACAUUAGUCCAGUUGUUUCAAGCCUAAGUUACUGGUUUAGUGGGUGAGAGGCAUUGUUUGUUGAUUUUGGGUUUCUUUCUUCCUCCCCUGCCUUGGUAUAGGAAGUGAAUCCCUUGCAGUAAUUUUAAAAUUACUGCUAACAGGCUACAUUUUCUCCACUGUGUUUUAUGAGUUCUUGUGAAGUAGUUUGUGCCCUUUUCUCUUUAUGGACUCAGGUUCAAAAGUGUUGUUUUGGUAACUCACAUCUGGUUUGUUCAUUACUGUAUGACUUGACUUGAUCUGUUUUUAUUUUUGACACCUUUAAAAUAUCACUAGGAAGGAAACUGUCAGUGAUGUCUGACAGGACAAUCCUGAGAUUCUGUUGAAAAGUCCUUUCCAUAUUCAGUAAAGUUUCACAAGCAGAAUACAAAGUUUCAAUGCCUUUAUGUAAAAAAGAGUAGCAUCAAAUAGCACAAGUGCUUGUUUUAGUUACCUUUUAGAACAUGACAGCUGCAAAUGAGGAGCUAAAAACAGGUUGGGGUUAGCCUCUGAAACUUAAAAGCAGAUGGAAUUAUUAGCACACAUUAGAAGUGCUUAGCAAAAUAAUUUUUGAAGACAAUGAACCAUUUUUAAAUGCUUGUAGCCCUCCUCCUAGUAGAUAAAAAAAUUAUAUCAAGUACCUUUUUCAUGUUUACCUUGUACCAGUUAGUGAAAACUUGGAGAAAAUGCAGGAAAAUAAGUGGAGAACUAAAAAGCAGGGGAGUCUGUUUCCCACAAAAUGACGAUGUCCUGCUGUUCCAGGUGACCAUAAAGAGAGAGGUGCUGCAACUAACCUCUUCUGUUCAAUGGCUCUGAGCCACACAUUUAGUCUUCAGUAUUAAAAAUUUUGAAUACAUGACUGUCUCUGUCCCCUUCUCUUUUAGCCUGUAUAUGUUAAGAUUAUUUCUAUAUACAUUUUAAGGUGUCAAUUUUAUUCCUUCCAUAUCCAAUUUGUGUUUCUGUAAAGCAAACAUUGCUCAAUAAGGAAGAUGUGUUGAAAUAAAUAAAAAAUUGUUUUGGACAGUUUUCACAUCAUAUUUGGAAAAGGGCUUCUGCAUGUACAGUUGCAUAAAAAAAGUGAUGUCAUUGCUUAAGUGUUUGUGUAGUACAUAUUUCUGAUUAGUAACGAAUGUUUUUACACUGAAUUUGGUAAUAAAGCUGUGUGCUUGAAAGCCAGCAUAUUUUAUAGUUACCAACCUAUGAAAAUCAGCAUUUCUUCAGGAAAACCAUAGAAGUACAAAUCCAAUAUAGAAUUAAGAUGUUACAAACCAGGACUUUCUGGUGGAAACCAAGCUUUCAAAUACAGUUCACAAACUAAAAUUAGCUGCUUCAAAUAGCAGUGAUUUUAAAUUAGUUUGUUCUGAGUGGCAUAAAUUGAAUUAAUCAAAUGUUGAACUUCUUCAGGGUUUGACACUGUUGUUGCUGUCUUGUCAUAAUGUUGUGCAUCAAAAUAGAUCCCAGCUCUAUGUCUUGACCUAUUGCUUUGCACUUCCCCACCUGAUUUCUCUCCCCAGAAUAGAAGUAAUAAGAAGAAAUAAUCUCUCUAGGGCAAGUUGAAGAUUGGGCCAUAUUAUGUUGCAGAGCAGUGGAUCAGCAGCUAUCUGUGCUAACAGCUAAAGCCCAGCAGUGCUUUUUAUUCUGGCCCUGCAGCCAGCUGGCACUGAGGGAAAGCCUGUGACCUUCCAAACUACACUGGACAGGUGUGAACUCUUGUGGGCUCCCAGGUCCGUGCAACACCUGGGAUGUGCUUGGAAGCACCCAGGGAGUGUGAGGUGGCCUGGGUCAGUGCUGUUCUCCAGUGAGGACGUGGUGGGGUCCUUCAGCACCCCUUCCUGUAGGGAUGUGGGCUUGGCCUCAGUGCCUAGGGCAUAAUAACCUGCUGAUGGGGCAGCCAGGAGGUGAAUGAAUGCUGCUGCUCUCUGAGGUCACUGCUUGUCUGCUUUAUCCCUUGGUCACCAUUUCAGGUGCCACUUGGUACAGGGCUGCAAGGUAAUAUAUCUUUCCCACAAGAUUUAUUUGAAUAUUCACCCAAGGCAGUAAUUGUCUUGAGGGCAAGUUCUACUGAGAUGUGGAGGCAUUUGUUGUCUUAGACCUUAUUUAUGAUCUAAACAGGUACUUCAGUUUGUCCGUAGUGAGGAUCAAGGCCUGAGAGUAAAGAAAAAAAAAAGGCAGAAUACUAAGUUUCCAUUUCAAUUGAGAAAUAGAUAUACAAUUGUGUUACCUGGAACAUGUUUAAAAAAAUCUGUAAUACUGCAGAUUUUAGGACAGAGAUAGAACAAGUCCAGUAAAAAUAAAUCUCAUCUAAUCCUACCACGUAAAAGCUGUGUGUAGGAGGUUCCAGUUUAGUUGCCUUUGUAGAAGUGGUCUUAAUAUUGUUACACUUUGAUAAGAGAAAUUGGUAUUUAACUGUGUAAUUUGCAUUCAGUUAUAUGCAAAGCAGUCUUAUUAGUGAAAAAACCAACCUUUUGCUGAGUUUUAGUGUAAUUCUACAAAUUUGUUGCAACAUACUAUAUGUUGAGGUAAAAAAAAUGCCACCAGAAUUAGUGAAAUCCAUGUUGAUUAUUGCUAGUGGGAUUUAAUAGUUGGAAACAACGGGAGUGGUACCAUGAGGCUGUGUACUGCAGUGGUGGUCUGAAACCCCAAUUCUUAGAACUUCUAAUAUGUAAAUAAAUUUAUUUUGACAUUUGAAAGAAUCUUUAUUCCGGAUGGAAAGAUGAACUGGGGGAAGGAAGAAACAUUUACUUACCUUUUUAUUUAGGGUGAAAAUAGUAUUUGCAGUUACUUCCUCAUAUCUAGUGUAUGAUAUAUGUGUCUAGGAAUACCUGGAGAGCUAGUUUAAGGGAUCAGCUAAAAUGUUGCAUUAAGUGCACUAGUAGCCACCCAUACACUCAGCUGGUAUAAAAAAGUUAAUUUCCUAGGUACAGAUAAAAAUGUGAAUAGAAAGAGACAAGAGAAAGGGUGCUGUCUUCACUUAUUAAAGGUUUGGAUAGCAUAAAAGUAUUCAUGAAAUGGGAAAAAGCCUCCAUACUUAGUUUGGCAAGCAAAGAUAGUGAAAAUAAUGAAGUAUUAGAUAAUUUGCACAAUACUCCCCUGUUGCCAAAGUUGAUAUGGUCAUGUUUGAACCCCCCCCUUCCCAAAAUGCAGCUGAAGGUUUCAGAGCCACAGGUGUAAUUUUUGUAUAGUGUUUAUAGUAAGUCAUCUACAGUUUUUCAGAUAAAGGAUUUCAUUUGACAGAAGUAUGCAAAAUACAAGUUUGUGUUCAUCUCUGCAUGGCCCAGUGCCCCUGAUGUUGAGUGCAGCUCUUUGUGUGGUGCACUUUUGUGGAGUGAUGCUCCCUGCCUAUGCAGUCAUGCAGUCCCUUGGGUGAGCUGGUGAGCACAGGAUGCCUUUGUGAGCAGGUUCCACUCCAGCAGCUUUGUCCCUGUGCCGAGAGCAGGCUCUGUCUGCGGGGUGUGUGUGUCCCGCUCCCUCAGAGCCACUGGGGCAGCUCCUGGCUGGCCACCCAAGUGGCCCUGGCUGCUUUGAACUGGUUUGCUCUGAAGCAGAGGGCUCUGUUCAUCUAUUCUGUAUUGCACUUGGCUGUGAGCCACGACUGGGUCCUGUAUGCUGCGCCUGUGACCUCAGGGAAUGAAUUUUUCUCUUUCUUUUACGUUUGGAGUGUUUGAAACUACCUACAUGCUUGAUGUUUUAACAGUGUGAACUCAGGGAUUGUAUGUUAAAUUCCAUGAGGAUAUAUUCCAUUGAAUGGAAAGCCUGUUGAGAAGUUCUUAGCAGAUUGUGUAGGGCAGAGAGGGUCACACUCAGUGCAUUCCUACCAUACUGGUUUUUGGGAACAGCUUCUGGAGUGAAGUGUUCCCAGAACUGUUCCUAGUCUUUGUCUUUGGAGAAGCUGUUUGGAGCAGUGCAGGUGGCUGCUCUCAGGUCUUCCGUGUGUAGCAGGUUAGGCGUGUGCUGGAGGUACAAAUGACUGGGAGGAGCUGGUGUGCCAUUGUGGGCACGCCUGCCUGGACUGCUGUGCCUCAGCACAUUGACACAGAGCUGGCCUUGGAGCUUCCCUGCAAGCAGGCUGUGGAGCUCUGCUGCUGCCAUCUGGAGCCAGGGCUGCUGCUGCCUGCUCAGUGAGGAUAUAUACAGCACACCAAAAAUUGUUUCUCAUGAUUUUAAGGGGCGGUGUGGUAAUUGUGUGGUCCUAUUUACUUUUCUUUCUCGGAUUUUAAGGUCAUAUUUAGAAGUUAAGAGUCUGUACAAUGCAUAACAUGCAUGCGGGCACUGUCUUGUACCUGUGCAGUUCUCCUGUGCAAUCAUUAACAAUGUGUUUUACCAUUUGGUGACUUUUGUCUUGCUUAACAGCCUUGCAUGACACUUGUUUGAAGAAAUACACAUCUUUUCCCUAAGAAGUAGGCAAAGAUACCAAUCAUGCCUUUUAUAUUUUGACUUGCUUUAAAUUGCAUUUAAUGCCGGUUGAGAUCUUGUCGUACAAACUUGCCAUAUCUCUCCUUGAACAUCAUUUGGUAGUUAAUUUCUUUGUGAAAAUACAGAGAAAUCAUACUAGACUCCUGAAAUCUUACAGUAAUAUUUCAGAUAUUACUCCAAAAGGAUGAACCAUUUCCUCCAGCUUAAAAUAUUAAGCCAGCAUUGCUUCAGCUUGCUUUGCAAGGCUUAACUAUAUCUGCAGUUAUGUAAGUUUCAGUUAUGUGAUAUUUCAUGGGCAUCUAUUUAAACAUACAACUAUUAUUUUUAGUUGAAAUAUAGACUAUAUAAAGACUUAAAAGAUGUGGGAUCAAGGUGGACAACCUUGGCAGCAAUGGCCUUUGAACCAACAGCAGUGGAUGCAGUCAUUUCAGCACCAGCAAGAUCCAAGCCAGAUUGACUGGGCUGCAUUAGCUCAAGCAUGGAUUGCUCAGCGAGAAGCCUCAGGGCAACAGAAUGUGGUGGAACAACAAGGAAUGAUGCCAAACGGACAGGAUAUUUCAGGAAUAGAGUCUGGUCCAAACAACCAUAAUAAUUUUCAGGGGGAUCCCAAUUUCAACAGAAUGUGGCAGCCAGAAUGGGGAAUGCCUCACCAGCCCCCUCACCCACCUCCAGAUCAGCAGUGGAUGACUCCAACCCCCCCAGGUCAAAUGGAAAUUGUUCCUCCGUCAGAAGACAGCAACAGUCAGGACAGUGGGGAAUUUACUCCUGACAACAGGCAUAUGUUUAACCAGAACAAUCACAACUUUGGGGGACCUCCCGAUAACUUUGCAAUGGGGCCAGUGAACCAGUUUGACUAUCAGCAUGGGGCUGCUUUUGGUCCACCUCAAGGUGGAUUUCACCCACCUUACUGGCAGCCAGGACCACCAGGGCCACCAGGUCCUCCAGCACCUCCUGCACCUACUCAGAAUCGAAGGGAAAGACCCUCAUUCAGAGAUCGACAGCGGUCACCUAUUGCGAUGCCUGUGAAGCAGGAGCCUCCGCAGAUUGAUGCUGUGAAGCGUAGAACUCUGCCUGCCUGGAUUCGUGAGGGCCUGGAAAAGAUGGAAAGAGAAAAACAGAAAAAAUUGGAAAAAGAGAGAAUGGAGCAGCAACGUUCACAGAUGUCUAAAAAAGAGAAAAAGGAAAGUGAGGAGGUUGAAGAAGGGGAUGGCCCACGGUUACCUCAGAGAAGUAAAUUUGACAGUGAUGAGGAAGAUGAAGAUGCUGAAAACACAGAAGCUGUUAGUGUUGGGAAAAUCAGCAGGAGUCCAUCCCCAGCUCCUCAAGAGGAGCAAAGUGAACCAGAAAUGACAGAAGAAGAAAAGGAAUAUCAAAUGAUGAUGCUGACAAAAAUGCUGCUGACAGAGAUUCUCUUGGAUGUCACAAAUGAAGAAAUCUAUUAUGUGGCCAAAGAUGUUCACCGUAAAGCAACUAAAGCUCCUGCAAAGCAGCUGGCACAGUCCAGUGCACUGGCUUCCCUCACUGGACUCGGUGGACUGGGUGGUUAUGGAUCAGGAGACAGUGAAGAUGAGAGGAGUGACAGAGGCUCUGAAUCAUCUGAUACUGAUGAUGAGGAAUUACGACACAGAAUAAGGCAAAAACAGGAAGCGUUUUGGAGAAAAGAGAGAGAACAGCAACUACUACUAGAAAAACAGCUAGAAGAAGAAAAGCUACAAAAUGAAAAAGUUUCAAAAGAGAUGAAUGAAUUUAUCAACAAAGAACAGAAUAGUAACUUAGCAUCACAGGAGGCAAAAGAAAUUGAAGCAGAUAUGGUUCAUGAAAAGAAGAGAUCUCCAAAUGCAGUCGCUCCUGAUGUAGAACUCAAGAAAGAGGGUAAAGAGAGGACAGGAAGGAGUGGGUCAAGAAGCUCUAGCAGUGGUAGCAGCAGCAGCAAUAGCAGGAGCAGCAGCAGUAGCAGCACAGUAUCCAGUUCUUCGUAUAGCACUAGCUCAGGUAGCAGCCGCAGCACUUCACGUUCUUCCUCUCCCAAGAGGAAGAAGAGACACAGUCGCAGUAGGACGCCGUCACAUAAAGUUAGGCGCAGUAGGAGCAGGAGUUACUCCCACAGAAACAGGAGAGAGAGGAGUAGGAGCAGGGAGAAAAUAAGGGAAAGGAGAAGAUCUAGUAGAAAUCACAGUGCUGAAAGGGGGGAGAGGCGGAGAAAUCGGAGUCCUUCGAGAGAGAGAAGCUGGGAUAGACAUAGAAGCGGCAGCCGCUCCAGAGACCGGCGAGCCAACCGUGCGAGCCGCAGCAGGAGCAGGGACAGGCGUAAAGCCGAAGAGCAGCUUAGAAGCCCUACUGGAAAUAGGCACAAACAUAAAAGUGAGGGUAAAGAUCAAGAAAGGAAGAAGGAGCAGGGUGGAGGUGUAGAUAAAGACAAAAAAAAGAACAGAGAAAGGGAGAGAGAUCAGGAAAAAAGAAAAGAUAAGCCCAAAAAAGAGGAAAAAGAAAGUAAGGCUGGCAAUCAUGAUGACAGUAGAUUAAAGAGAAAAAGAGACAGCGAAAGAACUUUCUCUCGCAGUGAUUCAAUAUGUGUGAAAAUAAUAAGACAGGAUUCCAGACAAGAAAGCAAAAAAGUUACUACCAAAGAUAGCAAAAAACGAUCAGGCUCUGAAUCUAGUGCAAGGAGUAGUUCUGAAUCACCAGGAAGCAGUAAAGAAAAGAAGUCUAAGAAAUCGAAGCAUAUUCGGUCAUGCUCCAUGGAGAAAUCUCAAAGGUCUGGUAAGAAGGCAAGCCGCAAACACAAGUCUAAGUCACGAUCAAGAUCAACAACUCCUCUUCGUCGUAAACGCUGAGGAAUUUAUGGCACCAGUGCUAUGACGUUUAAAAAUUCCAUGAGUUAUAAAAGGCUUGUCUCAUUAUAGAGGCACAUUGUGGCUAUGUAGGUGAAACCAGAAUCCUUUUUUUUAUUUGUAAAUAGGUGUAUUUUUUCCAAAUGCUGCUCAGAAUAAUAGGAUUUCUUUGUAUUACAUUUUUUCAAGAACGGUAGUGCUUAUUAAGACUAUAAAACAGGCCAUUCUCUUUCAGCUGUAAUGUUCUUAAAAUUACUAUUGAAUGUACCGUGAUGUCAAUAAAGCUCUUUAGUUCAUUUUUUUGUUUAAAAUUCUUGCACCUGAAUUUUGUGGUAAAUGGUAGAAAGUACUUAAAAAAAAAGAAAAAGAAAAAGGCAGCUUUUUUGGUAUAACAGAUUUUUAAAGUACUUGAAAAAGAUUUAACGUGAAACACUUGUAAUCCAUGGACAUUAUAAGAUUACUUUAUUGGGGGUGUGGAAGAACAGAGAAAAGGCAUCUUAUUUUUCUUUAGAUAUGUGUAAUAGGUUUUUUAAUAACCCUUUUUUUUUGGUCUAGCUGGUACGAUAUGCUGUUUGUGUAAAAUAUGGGUCACUGUAAUACAAACUAUACUUAAACAGACUGAACCCCAUUAGGAAUAUGUGCGAUUAACUGAUCUCAUGUGGCAGUGUUAAGCUCUGGAACUAUAUUCCUCACCCAGUUUUCAGAGAGAUCUUUGGAUGUUCAGGCAUAUUACACACAUCUCAGAAUUUCAGAUGUUUUUAUGGAGCAUGUUUAUAAACAUCACUCAGUACACAUUGGAAAACUGACAAUAGGUUAACUUUACAUUUUGGCACAUGUAUUAAAUGCGUAGUGAAUAUUAAAGCUGGUUCUUAGUGUCACAAGAAUUAUGACUUGUGUAAAGCUGAUACAUUGAUGUAUUAGCAAUGCCACUAAAUUUUUGAUUUUAAUAUGACCAUAAAAUGAAAGAGGUCACUGAUUACCUGUUUAAGGAAAUUGACUAUUGCUAUUAGAAACAAGAGUGUGAAAUAAUAGAAAUUAAAACAAACCAACAAUACCCAACUCUAGGCCAGUGACUGUUACAGAAGAACAUAAAUUCAGGGAGAGAUCUGUGCCUAAAAGGUCUGGCAUGACACCAGUUGUGAAAAAGGUAAAAGGCUUAACAUUGAAAUAAGUUCUCUCUGAUUGGCUCUGUCUAAGAAAAAAUGGUACUCGUACAGGCAGCUUGGAAAGCAUGUCUUCAUGAAUAGAUAAAUCCAUUUAACUAAAUCAAAUUCAGCUAUGCAGCUUUUUUCCACUGUAAUUUUUUUCAUAAAUAAGAUGCAGAAAUGAACUGCUUCAGGGCAAAAAAUGCAUUUUAACUAUAUGUUUAAUAAGCAAGCUAAUUGCUAGUGAAUACAUGCAUGUUUAUCAAAACACUGUUACAGAUAAAUAAUCAGUUAUAAAUUAUAACACCCCCCUCAAUUAUAUAUUUCACAUAGAGUAAGCAGUCAUAUUUACUGGCAAAAUAAGGCAUAAUUUACAACACACAACUUUUACUUGCAUUGGUAGGAAUAUAAAUAAUGAUGUAUUGAUUCAGUCUCACUACACUCUUGGCUCUGGGUAAGAGAGUUUUUGGAAAGUAGGUAGCAUAACAGUUCAGAUGUCCUAGAAGGAUGUCUUGUGAGAGACAGAAAGAAACUAGAAGUAAGCUUAAGAAAAGCUGUUGAGGAAUACAGUUUCCAGGAUGCAUUGAAUUUGAUUUUCAGUUCAGAUUUUAUAUUCUCUGUCUAAUAAUAAAAAAGAUUGUGUAUGAAAAGCUUUAUAUACUCUGCCAACAACUGGAAUUCUGUCACUUCCUGUAAAUAUGAAAAUUAUUUUUUUGACACAAAUGCACUUCUAUGGGUAGUGACUGUAUGCCAAUAAAAAGAGCAUACGAUCUCUGUAUUUAACU